AUGACUCUGGGAUUUCACACCCAUGAAAACUAUUUCAAUGCAAGGAAAACAUAUGAAUGUUCAUUAAGUAUCCUUUCAGGAAGAGGCAGAGCAGUUCCCAACUACACCUGCAGGAAACAGAACAACUUAAUAGCUGUUAUUGGAGGGCUAAAGUCCAUGUCAUCCAUUCAGAUGUCAACUAUCUUAGGUUUAUACAAGAUACCACAGAUCAGCUAUGGAUCAUCUGAUGAAGUAUUGAGAAGUAAAACCCUUUUCCCAUUUUUCUACCGGACUGUCCCAAAUGAAGGUCUUCAGACCUUAGGAAUAACCAAAUUAGUUUUGCACUUUGGUUGGACCUGGGUUGGCCUCAUAGCAUCUUAUAAUGAUCAAGGUGAAACCUUUGUCCUGAACUUGAAGAAGGAAUUUGUCCAAAAGGGUGUGUGCAUUGAAUUUACAGAAAUGCUUCCAAAAAUGCUUGAUAAUACUAUGCAUGUAAAAAAUAAAAUAAUUAAGUCAUCCUCCAGUAUCAUUGUGGUGUAUGGAGAUACAGAUUUCCUCAUCUGGCAACAGUCACAACUUUUGGCAGAAAAGGCAUUGGGUUGUGUCAGUGAAGCUCAGAUGCUGACAGGAGAAGAAGAACCAGGCAUAGAAAGAGAACAGUUAACAGCAGAAGACAGAGAGGAGGGGGAGAGCAGCUGUAAUCUGAGCUCUGAACAAAGGGGAGACAAAAGACAGGGCCAAAGUGACAGGCGGCUGUGUGAGAGCUCCAAUAGUGAGUUAGAUGUUCCACAAUCUAUCUGCACCAAGAGCUGCCUUGAAGGUCAGCAUAAGAUAGCCAUUGAAGGGAAUCCUGUCUGUUGCUUUGCUUGUUCUCCAUGCCCAGAAGGAACGUUUUCUAACUACACAAAUGCAGAUUGUUGUGAGAAAUGCCCAGAAGAUCAGUACCCAAAUCCAGAUAAAACAAACUGCAUUCCAAAGUCAGUCACAUUUUUGUCAUUUCAUGAGCCUUUGGGGAUUGGUUUGGCUGGGACAGCUGGUUCCCUUUUUCUUAUCACAAUUUUGGUGCUAGGGGUUUUUAUUAAGAACCAGGAUACUCCCAUUGUAAAAGCCAACAAUCGGAAUCUUACCUACACCCUUCUCAUUACCCUGAUGCUCUGCUUUCUUUGUUCCUUCCUAUUUAUUGGUCAGCCUGGAAAAGUGACUUGCCUUCUCCGACAAACUACUUUUGGGAUUAUAUUUUCUGCCUCUAUUUCUUGUGUCCUGGCAAAGACUGUCACUGUUGUUCUGGCUUUCAUGGCCACUAAGCCUGGAAAUAAGAUUAGGAAAUGGAAUGGAACAAAAUUGACAAACUCCAUCACUCUUUUCUGUACUCUUACUCAAGUUAUCAUCUGUAUUGCCUGGCUUAAAUCCUCUCCUCCAUUCCCUGAUUUUGACUUUGAAUCUGAGGCUAAUCACAUAGUAAUCCAGUGUAAUGAAGGAGCUGCCCCUAUGUUCUACACAGUCCUUGGUUACAUGGCCUUUCUUGCUAUUGUAAGCUUCUCUGUAGCUUUUCUAGCCAGGAAGCUGCCAGACAUUUUCAACGAAGCCAAGUUCAUCACCUUCAGCAUGCUGAUUUUUUGCAGCAUUUGGAUCUCAUUUAUUCCCACAUAUUUCAGCACUAAAGGGAAGUUUAUGGUGGCUGUAGAGGUCUUCUCCAUUUUAGCCUCCAGUGCAGGCUUGCUGGGGUGCAUCUUCUUCCCCAAAGUCUACAUUAUUGUCAUGAGGCCUGACCAGAACACCAAAAGGAAGUUACUAAAGAAAUCAAAUGCUGGAACAAAUAAAUGA